CACUCAGAGACCUCCACGUUGAGCUCCCAGCCGUCCAUCGACGAGGUACGCCAGCAGAUGCACCUGCUCUUGGAGGAGGCCUUCAGCCUGGCCUCAGGGGGACACUCCUCCACAGCCGGACGCCACCACCACUCCCAUCAUCCCCACCACGGUUACCACCACGGCCACUACAGCCCCGGACCUCCACCCCUGCCCUACUCUGACGUGGUGACCAGUGCACCGGGAACCAUGAGCCGUGGCCGGGGAGGAGGGCUGCAGUGGGUGCCGGCGUACGGAGCAGACAUGUAUCAGUGCAGCCUCCCCAAACCUGCCUUUAGGUUCAACCAGCUUCCUGACAUGGUUAUGACCUCUCCUCCACCCCCUAUUCCCCCUCGCACCGGCCCCCCUCCAGGGACCUCUCUAAGACGAUCGCCUGACCUGGGGUUGACCAGAAUCUCAGAGUCUGGGACCUACAUGACGGACAUGCAGACCCAGCAUAAUGACAGCAGCGCCCCUGUCUCUAGCAGCACUCCCUCAGUCCCCUCUCCAGAGCAGCACUCCCCUGUCCCCGUCUCCAGAGAGCACUCCCCUCAGUCCCCGUCUCCAGAGCAGCACUCCCCUCAGUCCCCCUCUCCAGAGCAGCACUCCCCCAGUCCCCCUCUCCUGCAGCCUCCCCUCAGUCCCCCUCUCCUGUCAGAUCUGUCCCCUCUCCAGUGA